CCACACGGCUUCACGCGCGAGAUAUCAUGUCGCCGACCCCCGUGCACGUCCUCAUCACCGGCGCGGCCGGGCAGAUCGGGUACGCGCUCGCGCCGCAGGUGUGCCGCGGCGCGAUGCUCGGCGCGGACGUCCCGAUCGUCCUGCACCUCCUCGACAUCCCGCCCGCGGAGGCGUCCCUCAAGGGUGUCGCCAUGGAGCUCACGGACGCGGCGUAUCCGCUCCUCAAGGGCAUCGUCGCGACCGUGGACGUCGACGAGGCGUGCAAGGGCGUGGACAUCGCGGUCAUGGUCGGCGGAUUCCCGCGCGGCCCGGGCAUGGAGCGCAAGGAGGUCAUGUCGAAGAACGUCGCCAUCUACAAAGGCCAAGCGAGCGCGCUCGAGACGCACGCGAACGCGGGGUGCAAGGUGGUCGUCGUCGCGAACCCGGCGAACACGAACGCGCUGAUUCUCUCCAACUACGCGCCGAAGAUCCCAAAGGAGAACGUGACGUGCCUCACGCGUCUCGAUCAUAACCGUGCGCUCGGUCAAGUCUCGGAAAAAACCGGCGCGCCGGUGUCCGAAGUCAAGAACGUCAUCAUAUGGGGCAACCACAGCAGCACGCAGUACCCGGACGUGAACCACGGCGAAGUGAGCGGCAUGCCCAUACGCUCCGCCAUCGGCGACGACGCGUACCUCGACGGCGAAUUCGUGAAAACGGUGCAGCAGAGAGGCGCGGCGAUCAUCGCCGCUCGGAAGCUCUCCUCGGCGCUCUCCGCGGCGUCGUCGGUGUGCGAUCACGUGCGCGACUGGGUCAACGGCACCGCGCCCGGCACGUGGACGUCCAUGGGCGUCGUCUCCCCCGGCGGCGACGACGCGUACGGAAUCGAGGAAGGGCUGAUGUACUCGUUCCCGGUGACGUGCGCGAACGGUCGGUGGAGCAUCGUCCCCGGGUUGAAGAUCGACGACCGGUCGAGGGGGCUCAUGGACGCGACCGCGGCGGAGCUGAAGGAGGAGAAAGCGAUGGCGGAGGAGCUCAUCGCCGCGAUGUGAUGCGACGCGAUGCGACGUGAUGACGUGGGCGUGCGCGCGCGACGAGAAGAACGCGAACGACGAGUGAUAAAAAAAUCCACAGUCAGAUGCUC